GGUUUCCGGUACCUGGGUUUGACGUUUGGGAAAAGUUAACACCGAUCUCUGCCAAUUUUGAACAAUUUCUGGUUGGUACCCUGAUGAAGAUGUCAAACAAAGAAGAACUGAGCAACAUUCCUCUUACUAGUGACAGUGAAUCAGGUGAAGGAGAUGUCCAUCAGAGACCAGGAGACAUUGAUAGUAACAGGCUAGAGGGUCUGACCAAUGGAACCAGUGGACAUAUUCUAGACCCAGAUAUUAACCCAGAUGAAGAAGAAGAGAAACACAGGCUGAUUACACAGGUUUUAGAAUUGCAGAACACCCUGGAUGACCUGUCAUCACGAGUGGACUCUGUGAAGGAAGAGAACCUCAAGCUGAAAUCUGAGAACCAAGUGCUGGGACAGUACAUUGAGAACCUGAUGGCGGCCAGCAGUGUGUUCCAGUCCACCUCCCCCAAAACCAAGAAGAAGUAGAUCUCCAGGGUGGCAGAAGUUUAGCUUUAUUAGAUUUUGCCAGCUGAAUUACACAUUACAUGGGACGAUUGGCAUUACAGCAUCUUCAUGACCAAGUCUGUUCUUUUGUGAUCUUCAUCAUCCUUCAUUUUAUGUGCAAUAUAUUAAUGAAAUGAGAACUUUUUGUGAUAACAUAUAUUGACAUUAUUUAAUUGCUCUGUGGACAUCAUGUUAUGUAUUUAAGCUUUGAACUGUUUAUUAUUUCACUGCCAUGAUAUUUUAAGUUGAACUGCAAUCUACAUGUACGUGCAUAUCUCUGUGUCUGAAAUCUCACCUUUAUGUCCACUAGCGUGUACAUGUAGAGUAGAUUUGUCAUAUUACAAAUAAGCAGUGUUAUAAAUACUUCUAUUAGUAUUACUAUAUAUACAUACAUGUAGAUCGUCUAAUCUCUAGGUGUACAAACAAAUGCUUCCUGACUGAUGUGUGAAAGUUUCGUUGAGCUGUUUAAUGCACUAGUAAAAUGUUUGGAGGUAAGACGUUAGAUAUAAGUAUACUAUUCAAAACAAAGGUAGGGAUAUUCUAUAGAAAGGAGCCAAUAUCAUUUUAAAAUGCACCCCAUCCAAAGUCAGAGGCAAGUUUUUUCAAAAAUUUUCAGAGUUGCGACAUGUACAAAGAUUAAUUUAUCACGACGUAUUGUGAACAUCCAGAAUGUACUCCUUGUUCAAUCACAUUUAUAAAAUCGAAUCUUUAAGAAACAUCAGUUCAACAUGCUAAGAGCAGAAUAUUCCAGACCUCUUGUAGAGUAGUAUAUUCGAUGGUCACAUUUCCUCUUUGUUGCGGACCACUCUGAAUCAGUCUCCUGUAGGCAAAUUUCUAUCCUUUACAUGUUGUCAAGCCAUAUGUAAGGUUACUAAAUUAGUUUUGUCUUGUAUAAUGUACGUAGGCCUACAUGGCAGAGGUACAAGUUUAUCUCAGAAAUGUACAUGUACCUAUAGAUUGUCAAUAGUGCAGUGUUUGUACAUGUACAGAUAGCCCUUGACAUUUUUCCUGUAAUUCAGCAUUAGAAUUCCUAUUUGUAGUGUGCUGAUAAUGUAACUGUGUGUACAUGUACUAAACCAAGUAAUUUUUGGAAGACCUUGAAAGGCAUUUAAUCAUUAUGUUACCAUUUUUGUUUUCUUAUAUAAAUCUUGAUGUACACGUGUACAAGCCAUAAUCUAUGUAAUUAGUCGUAAACUAAAGCCCUGAUUAACAUGUAAUUUUAUUUUGAGUAACAUCAUUUUUUCAGGAUUUGUGUAUUUACUAUCAUUUCACAUUUGUGUCCAUGUGUGUUUUAUACAUGCUCCAAUUAAAACUACUGUCACACAGAAAGUGACUUUCUUUAUGUACAUGUAUACACCUGUACUUGUUAUAUAAGUAUUAUUUUGGUUGCACGCAUGUAUGGAAUACAAUGAACACGGACUCCUCAAUAACAGAAAGACUAGGUUUGACUUGUCUCAAAGUUCUGGUUCAAGCACUGAUGCAGCCAUCACAAUUCUAUGCCUUCAGUACUGGUCACUGUGUUACUGAUAAUGCUGCUGUUGCUUCCUAGAAUCAACCCCUGACCUGUCAGAUGUCUACUGUUUAAGUGACCUAGCCUCUUUGACUGGCCAGCCUCUAGUCAUAAAUAUUGCUCGAUACAUGUAUGUAUAUAAUUUUUGGUUUCUAAAGAUUUUAGUCCUGUCCAUGCCAUGAGAUAAAAUUACCAAUACGUCUGUCCAAAUUACAAAAGUAUUGUUUUGUUUUUUUUUUUUAAAUUUUGUGUAUGCAACCAUUUUCACCAUUUUAUGAACCGUCAUUUUAAGAAGUAGUACAUAUGUGUAUUAGGGAAAUUCUGCAGCUUUAGGAUUUAUACAGUAUUUAAUAUUAAACACUGUUUUCAAAUAAUGGUCAUGUAUUACAUAUUCAUAAGCAUUUGGUUACUGCAUCCUUAGCAAAUUGUAUCUUGGUCUGCUUAGUGAUGAAAGACUGAGGAGAACAGUUGGCUGUUAAAGCUGCAGUCAGAUACCACUCAUUGGAGUUUUCAUAGUGAUUUAAAAUCAAGUUCCAAGUCUGAGUGAAGACAUCAUGCUACUCUGAAACAAGAUCAGAUCUGCCUUAUGUUUUGUCAAUGAAUCCAGUCUAGAUAUUUUUUUUUUUCGAAUAAAGAAGCAUGUUUAUCCUUAACCUGUAAUUUUGAUCAAAGAUGCUGUGUGACUGCAGCUUAAGUCGAUUUCGAUGGAUAUGCAGUGUGUGACUGGCAGGGGAAACUUGUGAAAUAUCAUGAUCUCAGUAAAUAGCCACACCUGCUAUCAUUUGCCAUGAGCGCACGUUUGCAAGGUGUAUAUGCAAGCAAAUUCUGAGCGCAUUAUUCUGUGUAGACUGAUAAACUUAUACUUUUUGUGAAGCCCUGAAAUUGGUCAAUCCAACUAAUGUACUUUUGUCUCCAAAUUUGAGUUAAAAGCAUGCAUAAAUUGCACUGAAAGUUGCUCUUUCAUAUGCGAUAAGGUUGAGGAAAGAAGGUAAUGUCAGAGCUAUUUACUUAAAGUGUGGUGAUCGUGAAGUAACAUUUUUUUUUUACAAUGGAAAAUGAAAUGGGUUUUCAACCAAGGAAUUGUGUUAAAUAUGUGACAUUGAUUUUACGGUUAAAUUUUGCAGAUGGAUACAGUGUGUGUAUGAAGAAGAUUAUUUGUUACAUCCUUGAGGGAAAAUUUUAAAGGUCAGAACAGACAACCCAUCUGAUUUGGAAUGGCAGGUGUCAGUGACCUGAACAUGCCUCAGUGAUUGGACAUGUUGCUCUUUGUAUCAUGUGUUCCUCUGUCCACUAUGUGGGACUCUGCAAAUGACAUACUGCAUAUUCACUCUCUUAUCCAUUUCUUUCUGGAGUCAGUCUUUUCCUGUGACUACAGCUUCCCCUAGUCGUAAUGCUUACAGUCUAAAUAAAAAGACAAUAACACUGA